GCCCAACCCGGAAGUUUCUUGUAUCCAUGCCGUAAUGGACUGUGGAAACGUUACGGCGCUCCUGCAUUCUGCUGAUGAAGAGUUGCGUGUUCGGAGACUUUCUGAAGCUGACCGGCUUUACACUCAGUUUAUUGAAGUUUGCAAAGAUAGGGGCUGCAGUGUAGAAGACCUUGCCAUUGCUUACAACAAUAGAGGACAAGUCAAGUACCUGAGAGUUGAUUUCUAUGAAGCCAUGGACGAUUACACAUCAGCCAUCACAAUUAACAAGCAUUUUGAGAUACCAUAUUACAACAGAGGAUUAAUAAGAUACCGACUAGGCUUUUUUGAGGAUGCAGAAGAAGAUUUUAAGAGAACACUUAAGUUGAAUCCUAAUUUUGAAGACGCAAAAGUUAGUUUAAACCAAACACUGUUGGAUAAAGAGGAAAAAUUAAAACGAGGCUAUUAAGUGUCUAUUAGAAUAAUGAUUUUCUUAAAUAUAAAAAUGUUUCAUACUUUAAUGUACUGUAGGAUGGAUAUAUGUAAUGUUUGUUCCUUACAGCAUCAGAUCAUUUCAAUAAUGUCACUUUAACAAAUGUAAAUUUGUAUUGAUUUUUUUUUUUUUACCUAAUACUUGCUCAUGGAUAUACAUUGUAUCUUUUUUUUAAGAUUAUAUUAGUAAACUUGCAGUUUACUACCUCAAACCUAUGUACAUAUACGAUAUGCACAUCUUUUUGAUAUAUUUAUUAUCACUAUCGCAUAUUUAAUCUCCAUUUUGCUUGAUUAGCUAGGUUGGCCAAUUGCCCCCAAACCUUUGGCUUCUACUUUUGCUGCAGCCUUGAGGUAUUCUUCAAGGUAAAACAUAUUUUCCCAUGUCAUCUGCAGAUUCUAUUUGGGCCUUGUCCCCGUCACCUUCAUCACAAUACACUUCUUCACCCUAAUUUUGUCUUUCACUUAUUUGCACCUCUUUGCACAGCAUCUGUCCCCUGCACAUCUUUAUCAAUAUCAUGAAAAGCAAUGGACUCAGAACAGAUCCAUAGUGCAGGCCGAUCUUCACUUCAGAACUUCCACCGUUCAUAUGUACUGUGCACUUUGACAUCACCUCAGUCAUUAACCAUUUAUCCACACAUAUCCUUUCAAUGUCCACCUCACCAUCUUUAGUGUCAGUUAUCGGAUACCAUCUGCAGAUCUAUAAAUUUAUAGCACCAAUUGUUUCCCUUCAUCUGAUUCUUUUUUGGCAUUUAAAUGAUUAAAAAUAUGUAAUGUGGUGUUUCUUUCCCUGACAUUAAAUCUUACAUUUCACUAAC